AUGACUCAGACUCAGGAGUAUACCGUCUCACUAUCCCCGACAUCAGCCAUGUUAAACAAGGGAGAGAAUCUGAAGGCCCUGUGUAACAUACCCGGGCUGUCUAGCCUUGAACUUAUCAGUACGCUCAAGGUCAGGUGGUACCACAAUAACCGCCAGCUGACCAGUCUCUGUGAAUUCGAGGAGCCCUCUAUGACAAACAAGUAUGCCUGUAGUGUGCUCUCCCCUCAGGCAAACAACAUCAGCUUGGAGUUUACCUUACUGGAUGUACACAAGGCAGAUGCUGGGACCUUGACCUGUGAGGUGUUAGAACAAGUGAAAGAAGGAGGAAAAUGGGUCAGGGAUGACCCUGUAGCCAAAAAGUCUGUAGCCAUUAAAAUCAGAGGUAAGGAUAAUCCAGAAAAGUCUGUAGCCAUUAAAAUCAGAGGUAAGGAUCAUCCAGAAAAGUCUGUAGCCAUUAAAAUCAGAGGUAAGGAUCAUCCAAAAAAGUCUGUAGCCAUUAAAAUUAGAGGUAAGGAUAAUCCAGAAAAAGUCUGUAGCCAUUAA